GUGAGUGGAGCCGCCGGACGGCGUGGCGGGGGCGUGCGAGGCGUUGGCUGCGACCUGCCCAGCGCCUGUUGCUCGCCCGCCGACCUCGGCCCCUCGGCGGAGGUCCGCGGGGUUCCGAGUGCCAGUGGUGGGAGUCGCUGCCCCGCGGCGCCAGGGACGGGACUCCCGGAGGUCUAGGGAAAGGCCACGGGGUGACGGCGGAGCCCGGGGCUCAGAGCCCCCGCGGCCGGUCCUGGACGUGCGGGGCCCUCCGGACACGGAGAGGGGCAUUUUAGGAAACACGAGGAAGAGUCAAAUGAAGGGCCAAAGACAAAACAUCUCCAAGGCGGCCAGAGGGAGACUCCAUAGGCAGAUGUGGGGGAGCCGUCCUGGUGGAGGGAGCAGCAAGAGCAGAGGCAGCUGAAGAUGGCGUGUGAGGCAGAGCACCGUCCCCUGGGUGUGUUUGAGUGCCAGCUCUGUGCCUUGGCAGCUCCAUACAGCUAUGUGGGGCAGAAGCCCCCCGACACCCAGUCUGUCGUCCUCCUGGAGGAGAGCUACGUCAUGAAGGACCCCUUCACCCCGGACAAGGACCGGUUCCUCAUCCUGGGCUCCAGGUGCAGUGUCUGCGGCCGGCUGGUGUGUGUGGGCCCGGAAUGCAGUCUGUUCUACUCCAAGAGGUUCUGCCUCCCUUGUGUCCAGAAGAACCUCCAGGCCUUCCCCCAGGAGAUCCGGCAGGACCUGGAGAAAAGGAAAGGCCCCGCGAAGAGGCCGGCCGGCCAGCCCAGCUCGCAGGCCUGAGCCGGCGUCGGAGGCCCCGGUCGGGCGCUGAGCUGGGAGCCACCGUGUGGCCUUGUUCUGGAGCCGCGCCCCGACUCCACAGCUCACUCGCUCAGUGCUGAGCGCGGGCAGGAGCCAAGGGGCACCCAGGCUCUCAAGGGGCUGGGGCCCCACCCUCUGCAGGUCCUCCCGGCUGUGUCCUGCUCCACAUGGCUGGGCUGGAGGGCCCUGCGUCCUUCCCACGAGGGGUCCGAUCCAGGGGUUGUCUCCACGCGCCACGCUGCUCUGCUGGGCCCUGAACACAGCCGCGCGGGGCAAGGGCCGCUGCUGUGGAGCUGUCCCCUCUGGCUCUGGUUCCAGCCCCAGGCCCCCGGCUCCCUCCCCUCACGCCCUCACCUUGGAGCCUUCUGUUGCUUGCCUGCCCCUCUCCCCAGAGAACUCAGCCUCAGGCCUGCGGAGGCCAAACCCACAGCCUCAGCAUUGCACGUGGGAGCUCGCCUCCUGUCUGCCGGUUCCUGGCGGCAGGCGCUGCCCCGAGUCAUCUUACAGUUGCUGCGCGGCCACCGUCCCAGCCCUGAGUGAGAAAUGUGAAUAAAGAGCCGUUUCCAUCGA